CUCGAUAGUAACGUUGGUUUUGCUUUGUUUCACAGAACUAAUAUACGGCGUCCUUUGCAUGAUUAUGCUUGUGUGUCAUUUUUUGCUUGUUUGUUUAUCUGCAAUCGUAUUGUUCUUCCCUUCAGCUAUGAUAAAGACACAUUUCUUUCCAUUAGUUGCCUGGGUUGCGUUUUUAUAUGUUCAGACUGAUUGUUGGCUCUUCAACUGAUAGUCGUUUCACUUUCUCUCUGAAUGCUGAGGUGACCUAAGAUAAGCCUUUUGAGGAACUUUGUCGGUUGUGAUGCCAAUGCUACAGGUCUUUAGUUAUUAUUCUCUCUUGGAUUUGUCUUCUCUGGGAAAAUGCAACUAAGCAGGAUGUCAAAGUGAUGGCAUGUUUUCCAGGUUUUGGGCUCAAAUUGUAGAUGUACUGUAGGUACUGAGUGAGUUGAUGGCCCAGUUUCAAUGUCUAAAGAAUACUUAUGCAUGCUUAUGAUUUUUUUUUAUUGAUGUAUUAAUUUAUUGGUUUUCCCUGUAAUAAAAUUUGAUUUGAUUUGAAAAUAGUUAACAGAAGCCUGCCAGGUGUUUAAAUAUAUAAUAACUAAAGCCAGAUAUUAAAAUUCUAAAUAUUUAAAUGUCUAAAUCCAGAUAUUUAUCAUAACUGCACUUUUUUUUCAUAAUUGAGUGACUGAACACCGAGAACAGAAUCAUGAAGGUGUUGAACAAGCAGGAGCUGCAAAAAGCUGAGGAAGCACUCAGACUCUACUUUCCUGAGUCACAAGAGGUGUAUGGAUAUGUUUGUCGUAUUAAUCGAGUAGACGUUGAUCCCACAGAUGUGCUGGUGGACCAGUGGCCAGAUUUCCGUGUGCUGCUUGUUAAACCGGGACAGCAGCAGGAUCCAGACUUGAUAAAAGAUGUGUGCAUUUUUACCAAGGACAAAUCAUGUCUCAUGAACGUACUAACCAGGACAGACGUUCUUGACUGGAAGCAGGACAUGAUUUUAAGUGUUGACCUGCAGCAUGAGGCAAUGAUAAAGGCUGUAGCAGCGAACAAAAGUGUACCAAUUAAUAAAACAGAUGUCGGACACUUGAUGAGAUUGCAGGAUCAUUCUAAGCUUAAAGCGGAGAGGUUAUCCUUUCAAGUGUCAUCAGUUAAGGAGUCUCACGCUGCCUUGAUCAACAGCAAAUGGGAGGUGGGCAUGGGUGAACGCACUGAGCCCCUGAUCAGGAACAUGAUCAGGAACUUCCCUUCGUGUUGUGUGCUGGAUUCAGAGGGUUGGCCGGUGUCGUGGCUCUUGAGUUACCCUUCCUGUGCGAUGGGACCAAUUUACACUCUGCCGGAGCACAGACAGAAAGGCUACGCCAAAGCCCUGGUCACCAUAUUGGCAAAGAAACUACAUUCAGAUGGCUACCCGGUCUACUGCUUCAUUAAGUUGGAGAACCAACCAUCGUACAGGCUCUUUACCAGUUUAGGCUUCACCAGGGAAUGCUUGCAGGGAAUGCCUUAUAGGAAUGCUUGGCUUUAUUUUAAUCAGGUAUCUAUGACUCCAUAAUUACUUUUAAAAUAAGGUACAUUCCUGUCAUGAUUGUACAAUUGAAGGUGGCGUUCAGCACACAUUCAUCCAAUAUCUUAUCCAUUUGUAACCCUGUGACUGGUUGGCUCUCCAGUUCCCCUUUUUCGUUUU